CUUUCUUUCUACUAUUAUUUCUACAAAGUAUUUGUAUAACAUGUCUAGUGAUGGAAUAGGGUGUUGACUGAAAUUAAUAAUGAAGUCAAUUACUCUAUGUAUCCAAAUGCUUCACUUUUUUUGAGUGAUGAUUAUGCAAGACUAUGUGAGCGCAUUAUGCAAGAAAUGUCCAGUGAAGGUUUAUAUGAUAUGGAAAUCAUUCUUGAUUAUAACGCUCUUUCCUUUUCUGAACACGAGAGUAGUUCUAAAGACAGGGAUGAUUACCCAAACGAGGACAAGGAGGAGUUCGUUGAACCCACAUAUCGUGAAGAACGGCCCAUAUAUGUGGCUAGAGUAUAUGAUACAUUCGUUGAGUUGAAGGAAGACAUAGUCCCUUUAAAACCUCAAAGAAUUUCAAACUUUUUGUAAUGAGGCGAAACGCAUGAAUUAUUGGCGAGCAAAGUGUGUUUAUGAUGAAACUUGUGUGUGGCAUAUUCAAGCAUCACAAAUCAAGCACACUACACAGUGGAAAGUCAAGCAGUAUCAAUCGCAACACGAUUGCAAUCCCAACUACACAUCAGCUGAAGCACACUAGUUCAGCCGGCAUAAAACCAUGAAAGCUCCAGGGGCGCCGGAAUAAACAUGACAUAUAUAUACCUUAAGUACUCCGGCGAAGGGGUGGCGCCAGCACCGGCUCGCCCACCCCUGGUUCUGCCACUACGGUUGCUGGAGGAUGGAUUGGAUGCCAUAUCAUGCAGCCACGUGCAUGUUGUGUGUCACUUCCUCAACCGCCCUGUCGAUCAACUUAUUCCAGAGGAAUAUAAACUGAGCUCUUACAUUAAUGCACAUGCGGGUGAAAUUAUGCCUUUACCAAAUAUGAAUGAGUGGCCGGAUAUUGGGAUUCAUCUUUUACCGCCGAAAUAUUUAUCACAAACUUCUCGAGUGGGGCGUCGUCAAGAAACAAGGUUUCAAAAUG